AUGACCGACGCUGACGAUCUCCUGCGCAUGUUCCAGAGCAUCACGACCAAUGACCACGACGACUUGGUCCAGCAGUUCUCCAAGAUCCUGCAAUGCGACGCUCCCACGAGCACGUUCUUCCUCGAAAGCUCAAACUGGAACGUGGAAACCGCAGCCAACAUGUACCUGACCACGACGGGCGCCGCCACCCUCGGAUCCACGGACAUGUACCAAAUGGCGCAACCGGAAGCCAGGUUUCUUAGUGACUUGAGUGCUGCUCAAAGCGCACUGCUGUUGCCCCUGCAACCCGUGCAGCUACGACUGUCCUUCCAGAACGUUGGAUCAGCACCGUGGCCGGAACACACGUCGUUGGUGCUGUCCCAGGGAUUUCAUUUCAAUGCACCCCCACAAGUUCAAGUGGAGUCUGUCGACGUGGGAUGUACCGUGGACGUGAAUCUGAGCUUGAUCAUGCCAGCGGAGAGCGGGACGCAUUAUGGCAACUGGCGGUUGAUGUGGGAAGGAGGGUACUUUGGGGACCCCGUGUGGGUGGUGCUGACGGUGGUUGAUGACAAAGGCAGGGAUCUGACCGAUGACGGCGCCGCCACGGCCAGUAUGGACGUGGUCGAUGCGGACUCGUGCGACCCGGACGACAUGGAGCUUUGA